AUGGCCAAGGUUCAUUCAUUUGUGCCAAUUGCUACAGCUGACGCUUCGUGUUCUCCAUGUAUGACUCCAAAGAGAGAAGCUUUCACGGUGUGGAUGAAGUCGCUCGUCAUGCAAAGUAAUGGGUGCACUGUCUUCAAUCAGAAUGGCGAGAUCGUUUAUCGUAUAGAUAACUACGAAAAGAAGGGUAGCAGAAAAGUUUUUCUCAUGGAUUUACGCGGAAAAGUUCUCUUCACUAUAAUUCAAAGGAAACUUCGAGUUCUCGGGCGCUGGGAGGGCUACAAAUGCGACGAACAGGAUGUGAACCACGGAAAACUUUGGUUUCGCGUAAAGAAAGGUUGUCCCAUCUUUAAAAGGAGAUUGUCCUGCCAAGUUUCUGUGCACUGUGAUGACGGUCGGAAUAUUUUUAACAUAGAGAGUAUGGCUGGUAAAUCAGAGUUCAGAAUAGUCAACAGAACAGGAGGUCUGAUUGCAGAGGGAAAGAGGAAGCAAUCAUCUUCUGGAGUAUACCUAGGAGAUGAUGUUUUGAGUUUGGUUGUGGAGCCUGAAGUUGAUCAUUCCCUUGUCGUGGCUCUCGUCGCCGUUUACGGAUCAAUGCAUCGGAGGAUGUGA